UUGUUUGUUAUUCAAUUGAGCUGCGUUCCUCGAAAGGAUCUAGAUUCGAUUAUUUUAACAGACCUGCUGCUACUCCGGAUCCGGUAACAAGGAAUCUCCACGGCCAUGGCUGCGGAGCCGAUUCCCCAAAUCCUGCGACUGAACGACGACUGUCUAGACGAGAUUUUCGAUCGUCUGCAAGACCUGCCGACCGAAGUGUCCUUAGCACGGACCUGCCAGCGACUGCGGCACAUUUGCUUGGCCAAGUGGCGCACCAGCCGUGCCUACGAGCAACUGGAUCUGGACAAGUGGCGGGAACUGCUCCCCAACUACGAAGAUCUCGUAUACUUCCUCACGCAGAUAAGGCCGCACAUCAAGGAGAUGUGCGUCAGCAGUUGCCUGUGCGCCCUGCUGAAGGACCUGGACGAAAUGCACAUUGCCGAGUUGCCACUGGUGGCCAGUUUCUACUACGAUCCAGAAGACGUCGACUGUUAUCCCUCGAAUCGGAGCAUUCGCAAGCUGGCCCAGCUGCUUCCGGGAUUGCGAAAGUUGCGCCUUACCACGCCCAUUGACGGGCGGUAUCUCUCCCACUUCCAACACCUGCAGGAGUUGCACCUUUAUGAAGAUCAGCACAAGGCCUACGAGCUGCAACAGGAGUAUUUGGACGAAGUGUGUCAUAAGCUGCACGACCUCCGAGUUUUGGACAUUCGGACAUACGACAUGAUCAGCAAACUGCAGCUGGGAAACUGUGUGCAGAGCCUCAAAAACCUCUCCGUUCUCAAGCUGAAUCUGGCCACCUUAAAGCCUAUUCUGCCCGCAGUCCUACAACUGCCCUCCCUCAGGCAACUGGUGGUACUGCUGGACAACGAGUGGCACAUUUCCCCGCUCGUCAGUCCGGAUAGCUACGACCACAAGAUCCGCGAAGUCUGCGAGUUCUACGAGAUCAUGGAGCGCAAAGCCAAAAACAUCGUUGGCUUCGCUGUGGACGGCUACUAUAUGCCCUUGGAACCGGGUUGGGAUGAGAAACUGUCCAUUUGGACGCAUCGUAGGCUUAAACGUCUGGCCAUUUGCAGCUGGACUCAUUCAGCCGACUACUUGGAGCGCUAUUCCUGCAUGGCAGACCUCCAGCUGCUCUGCCUCCGUAACUGGAACCACCUGAGCGACGACAUUCUCGUCCGAUUCGUGGAGCUGUGUCCAAGGCUAGAACAUCUGGAUGUGUCCUACUGUCGCGAUCUUACGCCAAAAUUUCUACCCCGCGCCCUGAGUGUCCUUAAGAGGCGAGAACCGUACAAACAGAAAACAGGAUUUGGCCGGUCGCCGCCUCUGCUGCUCUACUAUGACCUCAGUGGUUUUGAGGACUUUGUGGAUAAAGCGAAUCUCAAAAGCUCUCCGGAAUAUAGGGGAUAUAUUGUUUUCACUGCCGACUUUCCGGUCGGAUCAGAGCGGGGUCUGAGCUUUGUGGACCGCGGCUAUCAAUUUGAAUUUGACUGCCCUCUAAAUUUGUAAAUAAACAUAUAAUAAAUAAUUAUUAUUAAA